AUGACAUGCUUUCGGGCUAAAAAUGCAAGCGACAUCAGUAGAGUUGCGACCAAGGCGGAGCCCGUCAUCCUAAACGAUAUCAUACAGAAGUAUGUGGAGUGGGCACCUCAUGUUGAUGGAACCAUUGCCAAAACUCAGCACCUCCAGGAAAUGUUCCUGAACGGGAAGUUCCAGAAGAAGCCCUUUAUCAUUGGUUCCACCACUGACGACGCUUGUCCUAUUGUAUACGAUGGCUGGAAGGUCAGUAUGGAAACAAUGCUGUAUCAAGAAGUCAUGCUUAGCGUUUUCCUGGCGAAAGCAGAAUUAGUGCUGCAAGAGUACCCACCGGAUUCAUCGGGGGACCAACGCCCGACGAUGUCACGUGCAAUCACAGACCACUACUACGCCUGUCCUACACGGAGGGUCAUCCGUGCAGCUAAUCACUUUGGCCUGGCAGACGUGUGGCUCUACCAUUUCGACCAGAUGACCGAGGCCGCUGAUGUGCAACUGUGGGCACAUUUUGACGAGGAGUGUUACAGCAGUGUCUGUCAUGGCUCCGACGUCCCCUAUCUCUUCCAAACCCUGAAGCUAGCCGGACUGAACGUGACUGAUGAAGAACAGAGCACAGCCGACUCCAUGGCCUACUACUUUGGAAACUUCCUCCACACCGGAGAUCCCAACAACUCAGGAUGGCGAGUCUCCUCCCAGCCACAACUGUCUGGUGCUUUCAUCAACUGGCCAAAGUACAACAAGCUCAACAACUACGUUAACAUGAAGUUCAGGGGACCAACUAACCAACUGGAACAGGGAUAUCUGGCUGAGAAAUGUGAUUUCUGGGACAAGAACUUUCCACAGUAA